UCGACGAGACAGAUAAAUCAACAGACGUAUGAUCUGCUGAUGAUCCAAUGGAUAGUUACUAUUUUGAUUGAAACCGCAGUCCCAUACAACAACAAUCACAGGAUGUCGCAGGAUGCAGUGAGGAUAAUGCUACUGCCAACCUAGAUACUCUUGUAGAAUCCGUGGUAAAUCAUAAUUCCGACAACACCAAUGUUAGAACAUCUACUACUGUGCAUAUCCAUAAUGAUCACAUGGAUGUUGAAGGAGUUAGUGCUGAUAUUGGACCUGUCAUAUUGGAAUGUCUAGUCGCAGCUGUGAAAAAUUAGAAACCUGAUAAUGAUAAUGUUGGAACAUCUAAUAUGCAGGUUGAUUGUUCGAGUACACUUCCUAAAUCGAUUCAACUCAAGUUAGAUGCGAUAAUGAAAGUUAUUGCAGCACCAGUUGAUGACGUUCCUAUAGAAGUAAUUCCACUGGCAGAAUCAGUUGUGAACCAACAUGACAUCUCUGAUAGUCAGCUUCCUUUUGAUUUUCCUGAUACUGUUGUCGCGGCUCAUCAAGCUGCGAAAACCCCUACUAAGAUUUCUAAGAGAAUCAGGAUGAGAUCCAAAGUUUUUGAGUCUCCAUACACAACAGAAUAUGCUUCUGGCUCUAAAGCAAUUGAGGAUCAGAUCGAAGAACAGAAACAACAAUUCGCUUUUGAUGGUUUCCUAAUAUCUGACACUAUGCUAAGCAGUGUAAUUGAAGAGUUCAAACAGUGGGUGAAGGAAGGAUUAUUGAAGUUUCAUGCUAAAAAAAAAUAUGAUGAUGAUCACUACAAAGCAAAAUCAUCUUCGCUAGGAGUUCAUGAAAUUGAUUUUGUGGUUGCUCAUGCACGGACAAAAAAUUGGUUUUACUUGAUGUCUCAAAAGAACACGUGUUGGAAUAAUAAGAAUAUUGAUGUCAUUUUCUAUCAUUUGCGAAAGAAAUCGAAAUUAAGGAAUGAUCAAGAUUACAGGUUCACAACAACCAACUGUUUUUUCAAGAACUACAUUGACAAGACAUACUCCAGAUUCUAUGAAGACGAUACAGAUACAGUCCUGACUACACAACAAGAUUAUAUUGAAUCUGUUCGCAGUUUUUGAUGAAAGUUGUA